GCGAAGUAGAGGGGAAAAAAUCAAGCAACAAGAAGGAAGUGCAAUGGCGACAUUGAAUCGCCAACUACCAAGUCCGGAUACGUUCCUGUGCAAACCUUGGUCAACUUUUAUCAGCGCAGCAAAAUUACACUAUUCUGACAACUCACUCGUCGAAAACCGUUUGAAAGAGCUGUACCACAACUGGGAAGGAACUAAACUCAGCAAAGAAGAGAUGCACGUGUUUGGCCAGUUUCCCAACCAGGAGGAUUUCUGUCUCGUCGUCUGCCAUGUCUGCAACCAAGUGGUCAAACCCCAGGGCAUCCUCACCCACUACGAGCGUCGGCACGGCUCCCCGUGUCCCUCCAGGGGUCCAGUGGUCUCUGUGAAGCCCAAUGUGGCAGUGUCCCCCACCCCGGGUCCUACUCCCCCUCUGCCCUUCAGGGUCCCCAGAGACUACCCCCACUCCCGCUUCAACAAGGCCCCGCUCGCUGUCUACCCUCCCAAGGGUGUCCGCAGCAAGACAUGUGUGUCGUUGCCAGUAGUGAGUCUGGAGAAGAUGCCAUGUCUGGGCCGGGCAGAGAGGGGAACACACGUCAGAGUCAACUGCUUUGCUUCCACCACCUCCUGCUCCUCUCCCUCCUCCCUCCUCCCCUCCCUGACCCCCCCAGCUCCCCUCAGGGGGUCUCAGGAAAAGCUGGUGAACGGCCGCGGCCCAACCACCCCUUGCUCCACCACACCCCCCUCCCUGGUGGACCGCCGGCCCAGCCCGGCCCGCUCUCCCCUGGACAAACGACCCUCCUCUACCCCCUCACCCUCCCCCCUGAAUCACCGCAGACCCUCUCCCUCCCCUCGGACCCCCGCAACCCCCUCCUCCCUGGACAGGAAACAGCAGACUGGAACCAAGACCCCCAGGCCUCAUAGGAGACUGUCAGGGAGGGUGUUUGACCCUAACAAGCACUGUGGAGUCCAAGACCCAGAGAGCAAACGGUCCUGCACGCGAUCACUCACCUGCAAGACUCACUCCCUGAUCCACCGACGGGCCGUCCCAGGCAGGCAGAAAGAGUUUGAUAUCCUCCUGGCGGAACACAAGGGCAGAGCGAAGGAGAAAGAUAAGGCGGGAGGGCAGAGGAGGGAGUCACAGGGGGGCAGUCAGAGCACCCGUGCCAAUGAUACUACCCCCUCCACCCUGCCCCCCCACUGCCACAAUGGCAGAACCGUCUCCACUCUCAAACUGCGGUGGGCCAAUGCACACAGACCCAGGGUACCUGGUAGUGGGGGUGCUGCUCUCCUUUCCUCCACCCCCCCCGUCCCCCCAGGCUCAACACAGGACCCCCCAGUCCCUGUCUGGCAGAGGGCAGGAGGGGACAGGGACGGUCGUCUGUCCAGUGAUGAGGGCGACCCAGGAACACCAGAUGACCCUGACAUAGACGGAGACCGACCAUCCUGCCACUACUCCCCUCACCACCCUCGACCACUGGGGUGCUGUGCGUUCAGCAGCAGGCUGAUGGGACGUGGUCACUAUGUGUUUGACCGGCGGUGGGACAGGAUGAGGCUGGCGUUGCACUGCAUGGUGGAGAAACAUGUCAACGCUCAGAUGUGGAGAAAGGUGCCCCUGGCUGCUGAGAGCCCUCUCUCCCUCGGGAGCCCUCCUAUCAGCACUCCUUCCCCCAGCUCUCUCACCCCUCCUCCCCCCCUCUCCUUCCCUCCCUCCACCAACGGAGCCUUCUCCAUUGGGCCCUACUCCACAGCCUUUCCCCAGGAUGCAUCAGCAGCAGGGUUAUUUGGCGUCAGGGACCCCUCCCAGCCCGUGGCCCCUGUCUCCGCCCUAGGGAAACCCCGUAAUGGCACUACCACCAAACCCAUCAGGCCCCCAGGGGCCACUGGUGGCGCGGCCAAGAAGAGGAGGACCACCCUUCCACCUAGUUCUGACACUCUCAGGGGGAACAACAGCAGCUACCAAACUCUGACUCCCACCCCCAUGCUCCGCUCUGGCGUGCCCCCCCUUAGUGGUAGGAGAAAGACCUUAGGACACAGUGCCAGUGAGGUGGGGGUCAGGGCUGAGGACUGGUACUCCAACCCUGACCAAACCACCACCACACCCUACCCCCUCACUAAGGACCACCCCAGCCCCUUACCCCCUACUCCCAGCCCCCUUCCUCCUCCCAGCCCCCUGGCCUACGGAGGAGGGGUGGAGGGGAGAAAGAGGAGGAGCCCCAGUGCGUACAGAGGAGGAGGAAAGCCCAGUAAGGUGACCAAAGCAGCAGCAGGGCUGGAUGGCAUCUUCAGAAGGAACAACACUGGACUUCUGGCCUCAGGCCCCGAGUCACCUCGACAGUCCAAGUUGCAUCAUUGACAAUAACAGGAGACAUGGACAGAAUGUUGUGCGGCUGGACUAGUAUCUGUGACCUUUGACACAAUGUUAGUACCACAGGGCCCUGCCCUGUUAACAGUGAUGUCACUCAGCACUGCACCUGUACCCAUGAGGGAUUCUGGGACUUGGAGUCAUUGGUGGGUCAGAAUGAUUUGGCUCCUCCUUUCACACUGCCCAUCCCAUAUUAGGAUGUGUGGUCCCUCCCCAGAAUCCCGCCCACACAUUGAUCAGCCAAUGGGCGGUUCUGCAGAGGUAGUCUCCAUGGUUACAGGGUGAAGCACUCAAAUCAAGACACUCAUCAUCACAAACUGCCCUCUGAAAAGGGAACCUGCUUUAGGUUGGCAUCUUUAUCACCGCUCUACAUGCACUUAGACAUUUUGUUGUUGUAGUAUCCCGUUCCUGUGUGGUCAGGUGACCAGGAAGGAAUUCCCAUGUCCAAAAACUUCCUCAGACAGACCUGUCUUGACAGCCCCAGCAGACCUCCACUCCUCACCACACACACCCUUCUCUCCAGCAUGCCAGAGUUCAAAGUGCACUUACUCUCCUCCUCCUGGACUCCAGAGGCUACACACCAACCUGUCUGUCACACAAGGGAAGACUUUAUACUGACACUUUUUCAUGAAAUGUCUUUCAAAAUAGGAGGAAUUCAGGUUAUCGAGGAUUGUUUUUAUUCUUCGUCUCAAAUGUUGCAACACGAGAGGACCGACACCCUAAAUGGAAAAACGAUGGUGUUGGAUUUUUUUAUGUAUAAUAAUUUAUAAUUUCUUAAUUUUCUUACUGACCAGAGUAGAGCUACAGACAAAUUAUAUUUGUAUGUCAAUUUUUUUUAAGUAUUAUUAUUAUUAUCAUAGUUGUUAUUGUUGAAAUGUGUACAUAUAUUUUAUUAUUUUUAUAUUUAUUAUUAGUCUCCCAUUACUAAAAGAACUCAAGCUAAAGUGUUUUACCUGCUUGGGGACAUGUAUUUUUAAGGGUCCUUUUUGCCGGCGGUUCUCCCUUUUCACACUUCUUCCAAUGUUUCUACCUUUCAACAUGACUUCUCUUUCUCUUC